AUUCUGUUCUGAGCAGUCGAACCAGUCGGUAUCUUAACUAAAUUUCUAUUCCUUACAUCUUUAAAAUGGCAAACGAAGAGGUUAAAGACAAUGCCCAACUUAAGGCAACUAUGUUAAACUGCAAUUUGAACCCCAGUGUCGCGGAUGAUUUUGCUGAGUUCGAGGCAACCCUUGCGAAGAUCGAUUGUAUACUGCAGAACAAGGCACCCUGUGACGAUGAAGAUUCAAAGGCAGGUGGCGAUGCCAAGGAGAAGAUCAACUUUGACAACUUGGAUGUGGAUAAGGUGCGGCUUAAAGUGAAAGAAAAUCGAACAGUCAUCAACAGAAAGUCUCUAGAAGAAGACAAUGAGAAGCAAGUCAAGGAUAUGAACCAGAAGAGUUUCAUGGAGCAGGUGGAGAAGGAUGCCAAUGAUCGUGCAGAGGCACGUGCCAAAGCCGAAUACGAAGCAGAACUACAGAGAAGUCAGGGAAACGAAGCAUUUCGCAGCCAGAAGUACGAGAAGGCAAUCCUACAUUAUGACAAGGCUAUCAUCAAAGUUAAGGACAGCGCUAUUACAUAUUGCAAUCGCGCCUUGUGCUACAUCAAGCUACAGAACUAUAAGCGCGCCCUCAAGGACUGCCAGUACGUGUUGGAGAAGCUGCAGGAGAGUAAUCUCCGCGCCUGGCUCUACCAGGCCCACGCCUACAAGGGUUUGAAACAAGACGACAAGUUCGAGGAAAGCGUGGUCAAGGCACGUGAACACAAUCCCAAGCAACUGGCGUACAUUGACAAGUACAUUAAGCAACUGGAAGCCGAUCUUAAAGCACUAGAAAUAUAACUUAUUUAAUUUUGCAUUAUAUACUCACUCAGCAUAAGCAUGACACCCAAAAACGAGACACACGAAUAAAGAAACGGCAGGUGAACACUGCCCAAAUCUGUGAAGCAUG